CGUGGGGCCAUGGAGGAGCUGGGUGGUGUGCGGCCCCGUGUCACCUUCUUCCCACCGCCCGAGAGCAGGGAGCCCACCAGGGCCUGCUGUGUGGAUUUUGACAUCAGGGUGGGUGACCAUGAGCUCUGCAGCUCCCUGUCCCGAUCAGCCAGCCGCUCCAGCCACCAUACCCUGCUGCUCCUGGAGAAGAAGGUAAAGCACUUGGAAGAAGCCAAAAAGAAGAUUGAACGUUACCACCAACAGUUGAAGCAACAAUUUGUGAAAGAACAGGAGAGAAAAACAGCACGGUGGAAGAAGGCAUCAGAAAGAGAGGAUCCAAAACACGUGUCGUGGCUGCUUGGAUCAGAGAGCCAGAGGGUGCAAACAAACCCCCCACUGGAAAAAGAAGAAAGGUUGGGAUAUUCAGAGUAAUGGUAGAAUCCCCAGGAUGGAGUUCAGCUUAUGGACAAACCACAGCACUGAAGCAUCAGGACAGCGCACCUGGAUGGAUUGGACAUAAUAAAUUUCUUCUUUCAUGCUGGCACUGGGGACAGGCUGGUGUCUGCCUACAUCAAUUGGCUUGAGUGGCUCUAUAAAGAAAGCAGCAUGGUGAAAAAUAUGGAAGUGCUAACAAGCAGCAGAGUUUUGGAGGAGCCUGGGGGCUGUUAGACGGGGCGGCCUCUGCUGGCUGCCCCGGGUCUUCCUUGUUGGAAAACACUGGGAGAAACGGGCAAGUUUAACACUGAGCGUGGGCUUCUGAGUUUGGUCCAGACACCAGAUUCGUGUGGUCAAAUCGUGCUGGCGCUGCACCCUUUGGCACGCCGGGUCCGGGUGCUGGCUGAUUCCCAGACCUGGCCGUGCACGGGCUGCUGGCAAGGCUUUCCGCUGAUCAAAUUCAGGUGCUCUGAUCUCAGUGCCCCGACACCUCCGGGGAGUUCUGCUGCCUGCAGCCGACUGCAGAGGGUGCUGGUGGCUGAGACUGGAACCGAGGGCAGGAUAAAUCCCAACAGCAGCCAGCACUGCCAUCCGGCCCAGCAUCCAGCUCCCACCGUACCAGCAAGCAGCCAGAGAUGUGCGCGAUGCCUUCCAUCACCGAAGGGGCUGCAGGGACAGAAGGUGCAGCGUUACUCAGACGAGCCGCUCCUGCCCAAGGCCCCACGUGGGCAAUAGCGGGUGUGCACAGGCUGACAGCUGGGAGCCACUUGGUUCAUAGAACCGUAGGCCGGAAAAGACCGCUAAGAUCAUGUAGUCUGACUGCUGACCGAGCCCCGCCACGUCCCUCAGUGCCACAUCUCCAUGCUUCUCGAAACCCGCCACAAACAGCGACUUCAGCCAUUCCGCCUUCGUGCCUGAACCCACCCGCUGCCACCGCCCCAAAAUGGCCGCCCAGCUACGUCACGGCCUCUCCUCGCUUUCCAUUGGACAGUAGCGCUGCCCGUCAAACGAGCGAAGACGCUGAGUGGUUCCAGGGUGUCAGGAAAGAGCCCGCCCCCGCGCGCGGGUCGCCUAGCGACCGGGGGACGCCGGCGGCAGUGCGGUCCGAUCGGCGGUGAGCGAACCGCUGCGAGAGCGCGGCUCCGUACCGCGAUUCUGUCGGCCUGCUCGAGAAAUUGCAGAGCUGCAGUCUGAUCUCCGCCUCAGCUGCUGUUUAGGAGCUGGGAGCUCCCGUCGCACCGGCUUGAAAGCCAGGAGCCCCUUGCUGCCCUCCCACGGCUGCGCUCACGGCCGGGGCUGCUUGACAGCCUGCUGGGGCAGCGGUCAGCCCUGCCUUGGUGGUCUUACACCGAGGGCCUGUGUAGGAGAUGCUUCGUCUCUUCUAGACCUGAAAACAAUGAAGUCCCAAGUGUUGAAUGGGAGUUGUGUUCCAGCCGUGCUCUGAGUAUCAGUGCAGGACACAAAGGGAAGAAAGAAAUUCCUGGUAAUGGGCUCAGAGGCUGCAGAGAAGGCAGUGAUCGCAGCAGAUGCCGUGAAGGUGUUAGAUCUGCGCUGGUUGAAACCUAAUAGCAUUGAGACAGAAAGAAUCCUAUCUGUCUUGGAUGAGACGAUUGCCAAGCUGGAGCUGAGCUCCUUGAUCCCAUGUAUUAUUGGCUCUCUGGACAGGUUUGCUGAUCUGCUGGGACCUGAGAUCGCAGCCAACCUGAUGGAGUACCAGAAGCUCUCAAAGCAAAUGGAGCAGCUGCUUGUCGCUGCUGAAGAAGAGGGCACCACAAAUCAAAGGGGCUCUCUCCACUUGCUGGAACAACAUCUGAAAUGUUCUGUUAGAAAUAUCCUGAGACUCUUGUUGGCCAUCCCUUCACUUUGUCAGGCUCUGAAAUACGAAGUUUGGGCAAGAGAGCCAGCAACCGAAGCAUUUAUCAAAGCCUUUGGGGAGUUCAGGAAUUUUAUGCUUGAGCGACUCCUGACUAGUCCUGCAGAGGAGGAAGAAACGGUUCGGCUCAUGGAAGACAUCUCCCUCCGGAUCAACAAAAACACUGAAACAAUCACAGCUUUGCAGGCAGAACUGGCAGCAGCAAUCAGGACCCGAGAUGAGGAGAUUCAGAACAAAGACAAUAUGAUCAAAGAUCUCAGAAACAGCAUGGAAGUUCUAGAUGAAUGCUGCAAGAACAACAUCCUGCAGGUCAAGCGGGAAGGUGAAAAACAGCAAAAAGAGGAGCUGCGAGCUUCCCAGGCCAGGUGUGCCAGGCUACAGCAGGACAUUCAGCAGCUAGAAGCACAGCUCAAUAAGCAGGUGCUGGAGCAUCGAGCAUCCGAGUUGGCUCUCAGAAAGAGAAAAUGCAGAAUGGAGACGGAAAUUCUGAACUGGGUCCAGGCAUAUGAUGCAGACAUGGCAGAAAAACAGGCUGAGUUUGAGGAGGUUCAUGCUGCCUACACCAAGGAGAAGGCCGAGCUGUCCCUGCUGAUGGAGAAACAUGCUGUGCUUCUCCAGGAGUAUUCCCAGAUUGAGGAAGAGCGCAGGAUAAACGAGGAGAAGAAGAAGCAGGCUUUGGAGAAAUUGGCUGUCAUGACCCUCGCUGCCACCCGCAUCCAGGCCUUCUGGAGAGGCUACUUGAUCCGGUCUACCUUCAAGCCGAAAAAAAAGAAGAAGGGCAAGGGCAAAGGCAAAGGCAAGGGCAAAGAUAAGAAGGAAAAGAAAUAAUCACAACAUCUAUUUUCUCUCCUGCCAAAGUAGCUGACUUCUCUGAGAUAAAGCACUUCCAGAUAAAAGCAUUAGGGUUGAAAUAGCAUUUGCAGUAAGGCCCAAACAGUCCAGGCCUCACAUAGAUUGAGUAUAACAAAGUAUUGGCAUGAAGACAUGUCUCACUGUUUUAGGUUUAGCUUUGCUAGCUCUAAAAGAUGGAGGAGGUCUUCUGGUGAAGGGACUGGGCUAAGUGUACCAAACGCAGGCUUCUCUCCAAUUCUGUUGUUACUGAAGGUGGGAAUAAAAUCAUUCCUGGGGGUAGGAUGAAGUUCUUCA